GUGUACAGGAGCGGCGAGUCCUUCCAGAGCAGCUGCAAGUACCAGUGCACCUGCCUGGACGGGGCGGUGGGCUGCGUGCCCCUCUGCAGCAUGGACGUGCUCCUGCCCAGCCCCGACUGCCCUUACCCGCGCCGGGUGAAGCUGCCUGGAAAGUGCUGCGAGGAGUGGGUCUGCGACGAGGCCAAAGAACAGACCGCCGUGGGGCCUGCCCUCGCCGCUUACAGACUGGAAGACACUUACGGUCCAGACCCGACAAUGAUGCGUGACAACUGCCUGGUGCAGACUACCGAGUGGAGUGCUUGCUCCAAGACGUGUGGCAUGGGCAUCUCAACCAGGGUCACCAAUGAUAAUGCCCUCUGCAGACUGGAGAAACAGAGCAGACUCUGCAUGGUCAGACCUUGCGAAGCAGACCUGGAGGAGAACAUCAAGAAAGGCAAAAAGUGCAUUCGCACCCCCAAAAUCUCCAAGCCCGUCAAGUUUGAGCUAUCUGGCUGCACCAGCGUGAAGACCUACAGAGCUAAGUUCUGUGGUGUCUGCACUGAUGGGCGCUGCUGCACACCCCACAGAACAGCCACCCUCCCUGUGGAGUUCAAGUGCCCUGAUGGGGAGAUCAUGAAAAGGAAAAUGAUGUUCAUCAAGACCUGCGCAUGCCACUACAACUGCCCUGGAGACAAUGACAUCUUUGAGUCUCUGUACUACAGAAAGAUGUACGGAGACAUGGCAUAAGCCAGAAGGUGACGCUGACUAGAUUCUCAACUUGAACUGAUUUGCAUCUCAUUUUGUAAACAUGAUUCAAUAGCACAAGGUAUUUAAAUCAGUCUUUUUUUUUUAAUUGCAACAAACUGCUCCAUGUGACUUAAGACAAUUUUUCUACUGACCCCAAAUGGUGGUUUGAAGAAGGUGGAAUGGACAGUGGGACCACAGCAAGACACGGCUUCAGAACACGUUCAUGAGGUGAUGUGAAGUGGUUAAGGGAAAUAGGCAGGAAAAGCAGAUUCAAGCAAAUGUUCCCUUAAUGUGGUACAGUGUGCUCACCUAGUAGUGCAAUUGAGGAGGAGACCGCUGGCACGUUUGCUGGUGCUGGCUUAGUGACGGCAACAGCUGGAAUGGAAACCCUCACCCAGCAACGUGCUAAGUGGAAGGUGUUCUGUUAGUCAAGACAGUAGUGUUUCGGCUCUGACGCGCUGAUUCAUAUGGCUUGGUCAACAAGAAUCAGAAUCAUGUCUAUUAGACUGGACAGCUUGUGGCAGUUAAUUUACCUGUAACAAGCUACUUUUUAUUAAUAUUGUAAAUACUGUGCGUGUAUAUAUGUUUGUACAGCUAUCUAAAUUAAUUUAAAGUUUUGUGCCUUUGUUUAAUGCUUUGAAAUGUCAAUGAUAGCCUUUUUUUGAACAAGAUAGGUAGGAUUUAAAGCUUGUUUGACAAUGCAUUCAAAGCAAGAAAUAGAUACUCUGGUGGAAAUUGUUCAGAUGGGGACAAAUGGUGGGUUGAGAUCAAGAUGGAGAUUGUCAAAGUUGAGGUGCCUGUAUCCUUACAAAGCAAUUACCUGGCAAAAUACAUUUACUUCCACUUUUUCAGACAAUUGAAGAAACUGGCUCUUCUGUAGCUCAUCAGUCUUUCCACUUGAGCAUUUGUUUUUUUCUUUGACUAUGGCUCUUUUUGGACAGUUUAUUUGUUGAGAAGUGUGACCAAAAGUUACAUGUUUGCACCUUUUUAGUUGAAAAUAAAGUAUUUAUAUUUUUUAUAUAAA